CAUUGAUCCGUUUCAGCGCAAGCCACCCUUGAUCAGUUAAAAUUACAGAUAUGUGGGCACCAUAGAAGAGGAGAGAGCUGCUUUACGAAUUGCACUUUCAAAUACAAAAAAAAAGGAAACCCAAUAAGUACAACUACUCGGAAGAGAAAUUUCCACCUGGGCGCGUGCGCCAAAAGGGUCGAUUGAUACGCACGUAUGGUUUUCGGGAAGAUAGAAGAUUAGCAGCCGUUCGUCUCGGAGAUGUGCACCUUAGGCGUCUUACCGACGGCUUCGCAAAACUUCACCCUUUCUCCAGGCAGGUUUAUUGGCCAUACAACUCGGAUUGCUUCCUUAAGCGCUGAUCUCUAGGAAGCAUGGUGGAAUUUUGCCGUUGACCUCCUUUUAAACGAGUGUGUGUAUACGCUGAAUUUUUAGAUUGCAUUUUUUUUUUCUUUGCUAUAUGAGAAUUGUAGUGCACGUGUGGCGGACCCAUCUGCAAAGCUCUACAAAAGCGCCUUUGCUCGUUUGUCUGCAUGGGAGCGGGUUUAUUGGUGCCUGCACCCGCGUCCGUCUGCCUGUGCUACUCUAUUGCCUUCAUAUACGUGCUGCACUUUUAAGCUGAUGUCCUGUCGGCCCACGGGCUCAAACAAAGGACUGAAGAAUGUUCUGAUUUCUUCAUCUUGGCUAUAGAGGCAUCACGCAAAAAAGCACCACAUCUGAAAAACUGAUUCGUGGAUUCACCGACUACACCCCCCAUCUCCUUAAUUUACACUGGAUUGCUGCAAACAAUUGGGAGUUUUUUUUUCUUUUUUUUCCUGUGACUAGGCUACAAGAACAAAAGAAGCUGAAAAGAGGGGGGAUGCUGUACCCUCCUGGGUGUCUCAGCUCCGUCGAGGCCUGGGAUAUGAUCUGAAUCCACCCUUUUCCGUGUUUGUCUGGCGAGCUGCUAGGAAAACCACAAUAAGAGAAGCCUGAACAUCAUCAUCUUCCAAAAACAUUCUCUCUCUCUCCUCUCCACACACGGCCGCAACAAAGGCAUGUUUCCCCAGAACCGCCCUUCGGCCUCACCCGACACAGCCCCGCAACAGCACACGCUACUCCCUUUUUAUGUUACAGAAGGUAGAAGCAGCACACGCCGUUGCCCGGCUCCUUUGCAGCCACCCCCUGGCUCGUCUGCCUCUGCUGCAGCUGCAGCCUCCGGGACCCCUCAGUCCCUGAAACUGACGUACCCGGAGACCCUGGACCGUAUCAAGGAGGAGUUCCAGUUUUUGCAAACACAGUAUCACAGCUUGAAGCUGGAGUGUGAGAAGCUGGCCACAGAGAAGACGGAGAUCCAGAGACACUAUGUUAUGUAUUAUGAGAUGUCCUACGGCCUCAACAUUGAAAUGCACAAGCAGACGGAAAUAGCCAAAAGGCUGAAUGUGAUCUGCGCACAGCUCAUCCCCUUCCUCUCACAAGAGCACCAGCAGCAGGUGGUCCAGGCCAUGGAGCGCGCCAAGCAGGUGACUAUGGGGGAGUUAAAUGCUGCAAUAGGGGUACGUGGACUCCCCCCUCUACCUCCCACACACCAGCUCCAAGCCCAGCACCUCUCCCAGCAUGCACAGGGGCUGCCCAUGACCCCUCAUCCUUCCAGUCUUCAGGCCCCAAGCCUGGCAGCCCUAGGGGGUAGCUCAAGCUUGUUGGCACUCUCGGGAGCCCUGGGGGCCCAAGCUCAGCUGGCUGCCAAAGACGAGCGGAGCCACUUGGAUGUGGCAUCAAUGGCCGCCGACCAUCACAGAGGCUUUCUCCGGGGUGCCAUGCGGCUUGCGAUGGAUUCAGACCGAGAGCCUGGGCCGAGCUCCUUAUCAAAUGGAGACAAAGGCAGGGCUCCGGCUGACUAUCUGAGUAACGGCAAGAAGCGGAAGGUGGAUGAGAAGGACUUCGCCACUGAUUAUGGAAGCGAUGCUGACAAAAGUGAUGACAACCUUGUGGUUGAUGAGGACCCAUCAUCGCCCCACAGUGUCCACUCUUGCUCAUCACGAGAGAAUGGCUUGGACAAGCUACACCAGAGAAAGGAGGUGCCCCAGGCCAGCCCCUCUUCAAGCAGUGCUGCUUCACCUUCUCGUACCAAAGAGUCCUCUUCGAAGGAGGGCUCAAGCACACCUGGACUGAAAUCUAGCACCCCAAUGCCAGUGGGAGAGUCCUCCAUUCCAGGCCCAAGCUCCAAUGCUCCACAGUUCAGAGCUGUGCAAGGAAAAGCUGGAGUAGACCCCUUAGCUCUCGGACUACGGAACCCGCUUUCAGUGCAGAACUCCUAUGCAGGGGCAUUUGGGAUCCCCCACCCUGGGGUGAAUGGCGAGAUGGCGGGGGCUUAUGCUGGGCUGCACCUCGUGUCUCCGCAGAUUAACGGAGCCGCCGCUGCUGCUGUGGCUGCAGCCAAUUAUGGCCGCACCUCUGUGGUUGGGUAUGAAUCCCCUCACAUGAGGGUACCAGGACUCCCAGCCAGCAUGCAGUCUGCCACAUCAGGAAAACCUGCUUACUCCUUCCAUGUGAGUGGAGAUGGGCAGAUGCAGCCAGUUCCUUUCCCUCCAGAUGCCCUGAUCGGUCCAGGAAUCCCACGGCACGCCCGUCAGAUUCACACUCUGAGCCACGGCGAGGUGGUCUGUGCCGUGACCAUCAGCAACUCCACACGUCACGUCUACACUGGGGGCAAAGGCUGUGUCAAAGUGUGGGACGUCAGCCAGUUGGCAACCAAAAGCCCUGUGGCACAGCUCGACUGCCUGAACCGGGAUAACUAUAUCCGCUCCUGCAAGCUGCUUCCUGAUGGCCGGACCCUCAUUGUAGGCGGCGAGGCCAGCACUCUGUCCAUCUGGGACCUGGCCACUCCAACUCCUCGGAUUAAAGCAGAGCUGACGUCCUCCGCACCGGCCUGCUACGCCCUCGCAAUCAGCCCCGAUGCCAAAGUGUGCUUUUCCUGUUGCAGCGAUGGCAACAUUGUGGUGUGGGACUUGCAGAAUCAGACUCUCGUCAGGCAGUUUCAGGGCCACACAGAUGGUGCCAGCUGCAUAGACAUUUCAAAUGACGGGACCAAACUGUGGACGGGAGGCUUGGAUAACACGGUCCGCUGUUGGGAUCUGAGGGAGGGCAGGCAGCUUCAGCAGCACGACUUCACAUCACAGAUCUUCUCUUUGGGGUACUGUCCUACAGGGGAGUGGCUGGCCGUUGGCAUGGAGAGCAGCAAUGUCGAGGUUCUUCACGUGUCUAAGCCUGACAAGUACCAGCUGCACCUUCAUGAGAGCUGCGUGCUUUCUCUUAAAUUCGCCUACUGUGGAAAAUGGUUUGUGAGCACUGGCAAAGAUAACCUUCUAAAUGCUUGGAGGACUCCUUAUGGUGCCAGCAUAUUCCAGUCCAAGGAAUCCUCAUCUGUUUUGAGUUGUGACAUCUCGCCAGACGAUCAAUUCAUCGUCACGGGCUCCGGAGACAAAAAGGCCACAGUUUAUGAGGUCAUCUACUGAUCCCCAGGAGUUGCAAUCCUGGCCCCCAAUUCAAGCAGACAUUGGCCAGGGGACAGAGCAGGGAACACGUGGAUUCAACAAGAAAGAAGGAAAGUAUUUAGGGCUUGAAGAAAGACUGCACUAGACUUGAGCAGUGGAGGAGAAAGCAAAAGCCUGACCUUGGCACAAGAGGGACCCGUGGUGGUAAUGUUAUAAGGGAGGGCAUUGCAUCCUCUGAAAGGAAUUUUUGAAGCAUUCAGGGCACAUACAAUGGAACUUGGAGGGGAUCUGACAAGACAGAUGGUUUACUUGGCACAAGCAGACCACUGUAAUGUUUCCCAUAAUCCUAUGCACCCUCCACACCUUUCCAUGCUAGGAGGACUGCUUUAUACACAGAACCUUUAUAAUUUGGAGGCUCACUGCCGGCCUUUACUUCCCACUGAAUUGUCUGAAAUUGCAUUCUUCUCGUCUCCUUGCGGUGGCGUCUUUUCUUUGCAUUGCAGGCGGAUGUUUUUGUUACGAUGGACUUUUAAUGACGAAUGACAGGAGAGAGAAGUAGAGCACAUCUCCAGUUAAAUGCCUUGCUUGUCCUCACGCACCCAGGAUGUUUCUUGGUCUCUUGGAUAAUAUAACCCAUCGCAGGCAUGAGAGAAGAAGUAGCUGAGAAGGCCUGACGUUCGGUCUCUCUUGCACCUUUCUGGCCCACCACUUCAGUUACUCCCUUUACCAGUGUUCACUCCUGUUAUCUCAACAAGAUGGAUCUGUGUGCACUAGAAAAGGGACCUGAAUAAGACGGGCCUUGUGUGCUCCAGAGAUGGGUAAUCCAUUGGCUUUUGUGGAGCCAAGAGAGUAGAGGCAUGAAGGAAGUCAACACGGGGGGCAUGUGAGAUCGGACCUUCUGAAAUGUCCUUUUCUUUAUGGCUCCUAUCCAGCUGUGUCUCUGUCACUGGGGUGAGUGGGCAGAGAAAUAAUUCAGGGUUGCUUUUCCUUUGUUAUUCUCGUCCAUGUUUCAGCAUUCACUACAAUCACUGGCUUUGUAGAUCAAAUGACCGAAUUGUAGUGUUUCACACCAGUGUUUCCUCUUUAUUGAUUAGUCUAUUUGUGGGCAUUUAUUUCUCUCCUUUAGAUGAGGAAUGAGCUCCUACGUUUUAUAUGAAAUUAAAAAUAUAUAUAUAUAUAUAUAUAUAUAUAUGUAUAUGUAUAUAUAUAUGUAUAUGUAUAUGGGUAAAUAGUUUGCAUUUUUUUUUUUAUUUCUUUGCUUCAUAUUGUUUGAAAUUUUGUUUGGGUGAGGGGGAAAGAUGGAAGGAGGGUUCACGAGAUUUACUGAUCCAGAGGUGGAUUCACAGUCCAGACCAAUAAAGUAUUUUAUACGUA